UCCCCUCACCCUCCUCUCCACCUUAAUUACGCGGGCUUUAGCAUCUUCUUCGUUGAGGAUGCUCCGCCGUUACUUGUGCUGCGGCGCCGGCUUCGGCGACGGCGAUGGCCGGGUGGCCGACGAGCCCGAACUGGAGUGCGAGAAGGUCGACGGCGGCGGCGACAUCGUGCGCCAGUUCAGCUGGAGCGAGAUAGAGUCGGUGACGUCGGGCUUCACUUCGCCGGUCAUCGGCGAAGGCGGGUUCAGCACCGUCUACCUCGGCCGCCUCCCGGGCUCACCGUCGCCAUCCGCCGUAAAAGUCCACUUCUCCAGCGAGCGCCUCCACAUUGCCUUCCGCCGAGAGCUUGACGUCCUCCUCCGCCUCCCCCGCCAUCCCAACGUCGUUCGCCUCAUCGGCUUCUCCGACGAUCAAGAGGAAGGCGCGCUGGUGUUCGAGUACGCGCCGAACGGUAACCUCCACGACAAGCUCCACGGCGGCGGAGGUCGCAUCCUGGGGUGGGCGGAGAGGGUGUCGAUAGCGCGGCAGGUGGCGGGGGCGCUCGACCACCUCCACGAGCGGUGCGGCGACCUCCCGGUGGUCCACGGCGACGUCAAGUCCGCGAACGUCGUCCUCGGCGCGGGUCACGAGGCGCGGCUCUGCGACUUCGGGUCGGCUCAGCUGGGCUUCGCCGCCGCGGUGGCCCGGCCCGCUAGGGCGGCGGUGGUGGGCUCUCCGGGGUACGUGGACCCGCACUACCUCCGCUCGGGGUUGCUGACGAAGGGGAGCGACGCGUACAGCUUCGGCGUGCUGCUCCUCGAGCUCCUCACCGGCGCCGAGGCGUUCUCCGCCGGAGGGCCUCUGACGGCCGCGAUCGGCACGAAGCUGCGGCGGAGCGCCGGAGGCGGCGGCGGCGGGAUUGGGGAUUUGGUGGACCCGCGCUUGGGCGCGGAGUACGACGCGGAGGAGGCCGCGGAGAUGGUGAAGCUGGCCGCGGCGUGCGUCGCGGGGACCCCGAGCCUGAGGCCGUCCAUGGCGGAGGUCGUGCGUGCCAUGGAGGAGAAGGCGUGCAAGUCGAUCUCAGCCGUUCGUCCGAGAUCGAACGGCAAGUGCGAUUCGUAAUUUCCCUUCUUCUUUUUUCUUUUUUUUUUUUUUUUUUUAACCUUCGUGUGUGGUAUACUCGUGGAGUGGUGAUUACUUAUUAGAGGUGGAAACGACCCGGGCUCGAGCGAGCUGACCUUGGCUCAAAUUCGGCUUGAAAUUAAUUUCGAGCCUAAAU